AUGGAUGUUACAACUCUCCCCACUAAACUGGAUUCGUCCUCGAAUCCCAACGCAAACGUCACAAAGACCACAAAACCCAACCUCGCAAGGCCGCAACACCGGAGAUCCUCACUUGAUCCCCGAGACAAACGUCAUAUCUUAUGUCAUAAACACGUUCCAAGAAUUUUCACUCCUAACUCAUCACCUCAAACCACUUGUACUGAGGCCCACUUGCACCCAGACAAGUCCACACCGGUCCGCACUGAGGCCCACUUGCACCCAGACGAACCCGAAAACGUCCAUACUGAGGCCCACUUGCACCCAGAUGAACUAAACUGCUUAUACUGA